UAGAGCGGCCGGCGCGGAGUGCAUUGUGGGGCGGGCCAUGGCGGCGCCCGGGCCCUGAAGCCUCCGGCAGGAAGGCCGCGCGCCUCUUCCUCUUCCUCCUCCUCCUCCUCCGCCUCGCGGGGCAGCGCUGUCCGGGCAGGGGCCGGCGAUGGGCGAGGGGGCGGCGGCGGCGGCGGAGCUGCACCGGCUGGCGGGGCUGGAGCCCGGCGCGCAGGAGGGCGGGCUGGUGCUGAAGAAGCGGGGCGGCGCGGGGGCGGCGGCGGGGGCCGAGCAGCACGUCUUCAAGCGCCCCGCGCCGCGCGCCUCCCUGCUGGGCCUCGACCUGCUGGCCGCCCAGAAGCGCCGCCAGAGGGAGCGGGAGGCCGGCGCCAGGAACCGCCCCCGCCUCGCCGCCGCCUCUUCGGACGCCGACGCCCAGGAGCCGCCGCCGCCGCCCGCGCCGCACGACGAGGCCGACUCCGGGCGCAGCAGCAGCAGCAGCAGCAGCAGCCGCCGAGACAGGCACUACCGCUCGGCCCGGGUGGAGACGCCAUCGCACCCCGGGGGGGUGAGCGAGGAGUUCUGGGAGCGCAGCCGGCAGCGGGCCAGGGAGCGUCGGGAGCAGGGCGUCUACGCCUCGUCCAAGGAGGAGAAGGAGCGCCGGGUCGACCGCGACCGGGACCACGCAGAGCGCGACAGGAGCCGGCGAAGAAGCAGCGGCCGGUCGGAGAGGGAUGGUUCCUCCUCGGAGUCCAGCAGCUCUCGGAAGAAUGAGCCGGAGAGCCCUCGGCACCGUCCUAAAGAUGCAGCCACACCUUCCCGCUCCAGUUGGGAAGAAGAGGACAGCGGCUACAGCAGUUCCCGCCGCUCCCAAUGGGAGUCUCCGUCUCCCUUGCCCUCCAGCCAGGAUUCUGAACGAAGUCACCGGGCGUCAGCAUCAUCCCGUGAUAGCGACAGGAGGGACCGGUCUAUCAGAAGUAAAUAUCCAGAGGAAACCCCUUUGCCGACUCCAUCUUACAAGUACAACGAGUGGGCAGACAACCAGCGGCCAUUGGGUGCCCCGCCCUGGCUUUCUCGGGGCAGAGGGAAGCGUGACGAAGGAGAGGACAGCAUUGCCUUUGAAACAGAAGAAGAGCGGCAGCAGUGGGAAGAUGACCAGCGGCAAGCUGACCGGGACUGGUACAUGAUGGACGAGGGCUACGAUGAGUUUCACAAUCCUCUGGCCUCCUCAUCAGAAGAAUACGUCAGGAAGCGGGAGCAGCACUUGCAGAAGCAGAAGCGCAUCUCCGCUCAGCGCAGGCAGAUCAACGAGGACAACGAGCGCUGGGAGACUAAUCGUAUGCUGACCAGUGGUGUGGUGCACCGUCUGGAGGUGGAUGAGGACUUUGAGGAAGACAACGCUGCCAAGGUUCACCUCCUGGUCCACAACCUGGUGCCGCCUUUCUUAGACGGACGAAUCGUCUUCACCAAACAGCCAGAACCAGUCAUCCCUGUCAAAGAUGCCACUUCGGACCUGGCGCUUAUUGCCCGCAAGGGCAGUCAACUGGUGCGCAAGCAUCGGGAGCAGAAGGAGCGCAGGAAGGCUCAGCACAAGCACUGGGAGUUGGCUGGCACCAAACUGGGGAACAUCAUGGGCAUCAAGAAGGAGGAGGAGGAGGAGGGGGCGAGCCAGGUCCUGGCAGAGGAUGGCACAGUGGAUUACAGGACAGAGCAGAAGUUUGCUGAUCACAUGAAAGAAAAGAGCGAAGCCAGCAGUGAGUUUGCAAAGAAGAAGUCAAUUGCUGAGCAGAGGCAGUACUUGCCCAUCUUUGCGGUUCAGCAGGAGCUUUUGACAGUUAUCCGGGAUAACAGCAUUGUGAUUGUGGUAGGAGAGACCGGCAGCGGCAAAACCACCCAGCUGACUCAGUACCUGCACGAGGACGCCUAUACUGACUAUGGCAUGAUUGGCUGUACGCAGCCCCGUAGGGUGGCUGCCAUGUCUGUGGCCAAGCGUGUUAGUGAGGAGAUGGGUGUCAGUUUAGGUGAAGAGGUGGGCUAUGCGAUCCGUUUUGAGGACUGCACCUCAGAAAAUACUGUGAUCAAAUACAUGACUGAUGGAAUCCUGCUGCGCGAGUCUUUGCGAGAAGCAGAUCUUGACCACUAUAGCGCCAUCAUCAUGGACGAGGCACACGGCUCCCUCAACACAGAUGUGCUUUUUGGCCUCUUGCGGGAGGUGGUGGCUCGGCGCUCAGACCUCAAGCUGAUUGUCACCUCAGCCACAAUGGAUGCAGAGAAAUUUGCCGCUUUCUUUGGGAACGUCCCCAUUUUCCACAUCCCCGGCCGCACUUUCCCCGUAGACGUCCUCUUCAGUAAGACCCCCCAGGAGGACUACGUGGAGGCAGCCGUGAAGCAGGCCCUGCAGGUGCAUCUCUCCAGUGCCCCUGGAGAUAUCCUGAUUUUCAUGCCUGGCCAGGAGGAUAUUGAAGUCACCUCAGAGCAAAUUGUGGAGCACCUGGAGGAGCUGGAGAACGCCCCUGCCCUGGCCGUGCUGCCCAUCUACUCGCAACUCCCCUCAGAUCUGCAGGCCAAGAUUUUCCAGAAGGCCCCAGACGGAGUCCGGAAGUGCAUCGUGGCCACGAACAUUGCAGAGACAUCCCUGACGGUGGAUGGGAUCAUGUUUGUGAUAGAUUCUGGCUACUGCAAGUUGAAGGUCUUUAACCCCCGGAUUGGCAUGGAUGCCCUGCAGAUCUACCCCAUCAGCCAGGCCAACGCAAACCAGCGCUCGGGCAGAGCUGGAAGGACGGGCCCCGGUCAGUGUUUCAGGCUGUACACUCAGAGCGCGUACAAAAACGAGCUGCUGACCACAACCGUGCCGGAGAUCCAGCGCACGAACUUGGCCAACGUGGUGCUCCUGCUGAAAUCCCUGGGGGUGCAGGACCUCCUGCAGUUUCACUUCAUGGACCCGCCUCCAGAAGACAACAUGCUCAACUCCAUGUACCAGCUGUGGAUCCUCGGGGCCCUGGACAACACCGGUGGGCUGACUUCAACGGGGCGCUUGAUGGUGGAGUUUCCCCUGGAUCCCGCCCUUUCCAAGAUGCUGAUCGUCUCCUGCGACAUGGGGUGCAGCUCAGAGAUCCUGCUGAUUGUCUCCAUGCUCUCUGUGCCAGCCAUCUUCUACCGGCCCAAGGGACGGGAGGAAGAAAGUGACCAAGUCCGGGAGAAAUUUGCUGUUCCUGAGAGUGAUCACCUGACUUACCUGAACGUCUACCUGCAGUGGAAAAACAACGGCUACUCCACGCUCUGGUGCAACGAGCACUUCAUCCAUGCCAAGGCCAUGCGCAAGGUGCGGGAGGUGCGGGCCCAGCUGAAGGACAUCAUGGUGCAGCAGCGCAUGAGCCUGGCGUCGUGCGGCACUGACUGGGACAUCGUCCGCAAGUGUAUCUGUGCCGCCUACUUUCACCAGGCUGCCAAACUGAAGGGCAUUGGGGAAUAUGUCAACAUCCGCACGGGUAUGCCAUGCCACCUGCACCCGACCAGCUCGCUCUUUGGCAUGGGCUACACGCCAGACUACAUCGUCUACCACGAGCUCGUUAUGACCACCAAGGAGUACAUGCAGUGCGUUACAGCUGUGGAUGGCGAGUGGCUGGCGGAGCUGGGACCCAUGUUCUACAGCAUCAAACAUGCUGGCAAGUCACGGCAGGAGAGCCGUCGGCGGGCCAAGGAGGAAGCCUCUGCCAUGGAGGAAGAGAUGGCGCUGGCCGAAGAGCAGCUGCGUGCCCGCCGGGAGGAGAAGGAGCGCCGCCACCCCGUGGGCAGCAUCAGGUCUACAAGGAUCUACACCCCAGGGCGCAAGGAGCAGGGCCAGCCCGGGACUCCUCGGCACACCCCCGCUCGCUUCGGCCUGUGAUCUGUACAGAAGACUCUCUUGUGUGCUCAGCUGGGCAGGGCGCAUCUUGGGGGGUGGGAAAAAGCGGGGGGGGGGGA